CUCGCGAUCUCUCUCUCUCCCUCCCUCAUUCUCUCUCUUCUCAAUCCGUUCGUUCUAACAGGAAGCUUCUAGAACUCCAGACCAAACAGUUCUCUCCCUCUCUCUCUGAGCGCGUGAGAUCAACGUGCGUGUUCGUCGUGGGUUCCUUCAGGAUCAUUGUGUUAACCCUGGUUGGUUGGUGGUCGGAACACGGAGAAGCAUAGCACGAGAGAGCGAGAAAUUUCGGUGCUUCCGAGGUUCCAUGGACGAGACGAAGACGAAAGGCGCAUCCUUUUUCUUCUGGGUGUAACCAGAUUCCGAUCUAUGGUUUCGAGUUUCUUCCUGGAGCCAGACGAGACAUAGCUGAUUUUGAUUGUCCCCUACGUAGAGCUUCUUCAGGUCCGGAUCUAAGGCUCAUGCCAGGCGAACAAAUCGUAGAAACUCCAACGACUGCCGGCGGCAGCGGCGGCGGAGGCGGCGGAGGAGGCAGUACCAGCGGCGGUAAUAGUGCCGGAAGCGGCGGCGGAGGAGGAGGAGAUUCGCAGAGAUCUCUGCCGACGCCAUUUCUGACGAAAACGUAUCAGCUUGUGGAUGAUCCAUCGGUGGACGACCUCAUCUCUUGGAACGAAGACGGAACCACUUUCAUCGUCUGGAGACCCGCCGAAUUCGCCAGAGAUCUGCUCCCUAAGUAUUUCAAACACAACAAUUUCUCCAGUUUCGUCCGUCAGCUCAACACUUACGGGUUCCGGAAAGUGGUUCCUGACCGGUGGGAAUUCUCCAACGACUGUUUCCGAAAAGGGGAGAAGAAUCUGCUCCGUGAUAUUCAGAGGCGGAAGAUCUCACAGCCUUUAGCUCCAGCUGCGGUAACUGUCGCGGCAGUGCCUCUGGCCGCUCACGCAAUCUCUCCAUCGAAUUCCGGGGAAGAACAGGUCAUAUCGUCCAACUCUUCCCCCGCUGGUAUGGCCGCUGCGGCAGGAGCUGCCGGCUCGGGGUUUCUGCAGAGGACGACGAGCUGUACCACUGCACCAGAGCUGAUGGAGGAGAACGAGCGGUUGAGGAAGGAGAACAUGCAGCUUAGUCAGGAGCUGAGAAAGCUCAAAGGGCUGUACGAUAACAUUUACGUGCUGAUGACGAAUUUCUCUGCUGGUCAGGUGGACUGCUCGAAUCUGCUGUCCGAGGGGAAACCGUUGGACCUUCUCCUGGGGAGGCAGGCCGUGACAGUUGCUUCUAGGAUGGAAGAAGGGAGUGGUUUGAAGCUUGACGAAGAUCUGACUCCGAGGUUGUUUGGGGUAUCCAUCGGGGUGAAACGGGCAAGACAGGAAGAUGAAAUGGAGGCAGAGGCAGAGGAAGAGGACGACGAGAGGCAACAGACGGGGCGAGGGAGUAAUUCCCAGGAGGGGGAACGUGGGUCAGACGUGAAGUCAGAGCCGGUGGAGGAGAACAACUCCAGUAACCAUAACGAGCCGUGGCUCGAGCUCGGGAAAUGAAAAACAGGGUGAUAACACCAGGGUGAAUCGUACUUUGGUUUAACCUCGUCGAAGAGGAAAGCCAUUGACAGAGAAUCCAUGUAAAAGCGUGGAGGUGAGCGAGCAGACACCGGAGGGUGUGGUGGGGAAACAUGGGCAGAAUAAAUUAAAGAGUCAGUGACUGGAAGUAGGGAUAGUGUGCCUAGUUGUUGUAUCAGUAUCCAUGGCGGUGAAAAGGGGACAAUGUCAGGUGAAAGACAUGACAGGAGGAAGAUUAGAUUCAGCUGUUACUUGUUUCAGAUGCCUUGGGCUUGUUGGGUCUUUUUUUCUUCAUGGGGCUGAAGAAAGGCUACUCUGGCUUGUUCUUCUGCGGCCUGGUCCUUUUCGUUCUUCGUCAAUGAAAAAUGUAUUUUAGAUCGGGAGAAACCCAAUUUUUAAAAGGGUAAAUUUUUAUGAA